CCGCUUGUCGGUAGCAACGGAUCGAACGCGCGCGCGUGCCUGCCGGAAGGUGUCGUUGGACAUACGCAAAUGAUCUACGCGCGAACGGAAUUUAGAAGUUGUCGCGCGCGUGUUGUGAGGUUUUUCCGUUGAGAAGAGUUUUUUUUCGGGGGGAGUUUCCCGGCCUGAUUUGGGACCAGACCGCGGACCUAUCUGCGGUCAUUCCGCGUCAUGUAGUCCGCGAGAGGUGGACCUGGCUGCUGGGGGUGAAGUUUUUCGUGAUUGUGAAUCAGCGUCAAUCAGGAGGAAAAACCGAGAGAUGAAAGUGAGAGUUGUUUCUGGGUGGAAAUUUAUUACCGCAGUGGCGGUGGUGCAUUUUGGCCCAACGGGAGGUCUGCGAUGUGGCCCGGGAGGAGGGAGGUGGCCACAAACAUAAAUUGAACGCGUUCCAAGGGGGUCGCGCAAUGGCCACCCACGAGGAGAAGAGGGUGGGAACCAUCAAGUGGCCGUUUGGCAGUGAAAAGUUUGCCCGCAUUUCAACUGAUUAAAUAGCGAGGAAAAAAGUUCGUUUGUUUAGAAGAAUUGUGAAUUUCACUGAUUAAAAUAAAUUAUGAACGAGCAUAGUGCAACGAAACAGAACGAUAAUAAUCGUCUAAAUUGCACUGUUUUUUUCUGCUCAUUCAGUCGGCACAGAGUGCAGUGAAAAGAAUGUGAAAGUUAGUUUUUUGUUCUGUGAAAUAAUCGACAGAAGGCAGAGGAAAAAAUAAUAUUAAAUGCACUUUGCGAACUGAUUCAAGCGCGAGGGGAAAACGCAUAAAAGAUUCUUUCGAGCGCAUUCUUGGAAACGACGACGACAACAACAACAAUCAGAGGACGAAGAGACCAAGGUCACUUCCGUACCAGAUCGGCCCUGCCGAUCCAAGGCCAUAUCCCUUGGCCACCACCACCAACUGGAUACAUCAUCCGGGGGGAAAUUGCACAGAAAUUGCGGCAGCUGCUUGCUCAAUCUUUUUGUCUGCGGUGCGUGGAAAAUCGAUGGUGCUUUCUUUCCCCCGAAAUCCAAAACCAUAACCAGAAGGGGACCACAAACAGCGUAUAGGGUUGAAGAGGACAUUCCGAUCCACCAAGGGUCGAGGGCCAGUUUCAGAGAGGGCAACAUAAUGGUACGAGAAGCUGUUGUAAUAUUUUUACGGUCACAUCAAAUUCUCCUUCGACAUCAUCCGAGCGGUUGCCAGUUCCGCGGUGGAGAAAUCUGUUGCUACGAACGGCGAUUCCGACCGUGGUCCCGUCCCACGGAUGAAGACGACGGAGUCGGGGACGAUUUGGAGCAGGACCAGAAGGACGAUGCCCUACUACUGCAUCUGGCCGCUGCUGCCACUGAUGAAGAUGAUGAAAAUAUUAAGAUAGAGAAUGAUGUCCCAAAUAGAAAUGCUUUUACUCCUUCCGUCGUCGUCAUAUUGAGUCAUUCAGUGUGGUGGGUUCAAGAUAGUGCAGUAGAAAGCGAGUAAUUUCGUGAAAAAAAGAAGAAGAAAAGUAGAGAAGUAAAAUUCUUCCACCAAACCAAACUUUGUGUGCCAAGCCGAGUGGGGGUGGGGUCGGACGAAAUAUGUAUCUAAUGGAGGAAAAUCUAGUGAUAAGUGACAUUGAGGCGCCACCCGUGGUGCACGCUGGCGUUGGAGUGGGAGUUGGAGCCGGAAGUGAGGAGCAACAGCAGCAGCAGCUCGUGGUAACCGAGAUUCCGUCAAUCGAGGAACUCGGCUUCGGCACCGAACAGCUGCUGGAGUUGAACAACUCGUACUAUGGAUCGGAGAUAGCGCAACUGCUGUCGACCAACAUCGCCACCGUUGACGAGAGUAUCAUGAAGACGAACGAUACGGUGGUUCCACUCAACAGUACCGAGCAAGUGAUUGAUAGCUUCUAUUUUUACGAGACUGAGCAAUUUGCAGUAUUAUGGAUUUUAUUUAUAGUUAUCGUACUAGGCAACCUGGCUGUGUUAGUAACGCUCUUUAUGAACAAAAAUCGGAAAUCUCGGAUGAACUUCUUCAUCAAGCAGCUGGCGAUAGCCGAUCUCAGCGUCGGUCUGCUGAGCGUGCUGACGGACAUCGUGCAGCGGAUUACCAUCUCGUGGCUGGCCGGGAACGUGGCCUGCAAGGUGAUACGGUUCAUCCAGGUGUGGGUCACGUACGCGUCCACCUAUGUCCUGGUGGCGCUCAGUAUCGAUCGCUACGAUGCGAUUACCCAUCCGAUGAACUUUUCCGGAUGUUGGAAGAGAGCUCGAAGACUGGUGGCGGCUGCUUGGGGUUUUAGCGCGGUCUUUUCAUCACCCAUGUUCUACCUGUACGAGGAACGUGUUAUUCAAGAUCAGCUCCAGUGUUGGAUCGAUCUCGGAAAUGCGCUCCGGUGGCAGCUGUACAUGUGCUGGGUGGCCACGUCUUUGUUCGUCGUGCCGGCGUUCAUCAUAUCGGCGUGCUACGUAAUCAUCAUCAAAACAAUCUGGUCGAAAGGGUCGAUGCUGGGACCGGUCGGCGGAAAGUUUCGCUACCGCAACGGGAGUGCCGACCUGGCCAGCCGGCGGGCCAGCUCCCGGGGCAUCAUCCCGCGGGCCAAGGUGAAAACCGUCAAGAUGACCAUCGUGAUUGUGAUCGUGUUCGUGCUCUGCUGGUCGCCGUACAUCGUGUUCGAUCUGCUGCAGGUGUUUGAGCAGAUUCCGAAGACGCAAACAAACAUCGCGAUUGCGACGCUCAUCCAAAGUUUGGCCCCGCUCAAUUCGGCUGCCAACCCGCUCAUCUACUGUCUCUUCUCGACGCACUUUGUCAGGACUUUAAAAAGACUCCCACCAUUCCGAUGGCUGCUGUCGUCCGGGUUGUGCUGUGGUAGCCCAGAGGACACCAACGGCCACAACGAUUGUGGCCAAACCGCGAACGGAAACCGGCUGCGGAACCAACACAGCAGCGAUUCCAUGAGGACCCUUACCACUUCGCUGACGGUUUCCACGCGGAGGCCUCCGACCAUUGUCCGGACGUCGCGGGUUAUCGUAUAGCAGCAGGGGUCAACCGACGCUGCCGCCACCAAGACGACGGUAAUGACGAGGACGGCGUCGGGACGCCCUGGUGGACGGAAGCUAUCCUGGUACAAAACGUAAUCUCUCAAAUCAUCGAAGCGCAGCAAAAGAUCUAGUCAAAUUUGUACACUUUUAAUUGAUUGCGUGUUACCAUUGAGGACAUUUUUCGAGAACAAACAAAUAUUUGAUAAGAUACUUUAAGAAUCGUUGUAAAAAUCCAUUUUAUUAGUAAGUGCAACUCAGAAAAGUUAUAGAUCUUAAGACAUCACCCCAAAACACACACAUUCUGUAAAGUGUAAAGUAAGUGCCAGUUCAGAUGGGGGCCUUUUAAGCCUUACUCAAAAAUUUCUCAAAGAAGGCAGCCAGCGUUGUAAAAGUGCUUUUAACUGUCAGUAAUAACCAAGUGUAUACCAAAAAGAAAACAAAAGAUACCGAAAAUGAGUCGAAUACCCGAACGAUUGAAGUAUAAUGAGAGAGCAGUUAGAAGGAGAGGGAGAGGGAAGAUGUUCGGCGUACAGUGUUUUAUUCACUCCGUAUUAUCUGUUAGACUGAUAUUUGAACUGUGUAUUUUAUAUGCUGAACCACUUAAUCACCUGUGAAAAAUAGCAUUACGUAUAGUUUAUGAGUUGUUAGUAAAUAAAGAUAUUAUAUGAAACUAA